AUCAGUGAUAUGAAUCAAUGAAAUUAAAUGAAAUAGAAGUUGGUAGCAUUUAUAGGAAUACAUGAUAGAAUAUGGGUCACAUUUCCAUGACAACACAAACAAUUCUAUUAAUUUUGUGCUUCACAAUGUCUUUAUCGAUUUGUUAGCUUUAUUUUCGUUUUGCGAUUCAUCAACGGAAGUAACAACUGCAAGUCAGUCUUCGUGCAGCGUCGUACCGUGUUGCAAGUUUCCUGUAACUAUUUCCCAUUCGUUACUAUCUGCCUGCUAGAAAAUGUCUACAAAAGCUGUAUGUGUUCUUGUUGGUGAAACCGUUAAGGGAACUGUGUUCUUUGAACAGAAAGGACCGAGUGAUCCUGUGACUGUGUCUGGUGAAAUUUCUGGCCUGGCACAGGGUGAUCAUGGUUUUCACGUUCACGAAUUCGGCGACAACACUAAUGGUUGUACCAGUGCAGGAGCUCAUUUCAAUCCUCAUAAGAAGGAACAUGGUGGGCCAAAAGAUGCUGAUCGUCAUGUAGGUGACCUGGGAAAUGUUACUGCUGGAGCAGAUGGUGUUGCCAAAGUCAGCAUUUCUGAUAAUAUUAUUUCUUUGUCUGGCGAUCACAGCAUCAUUGGAAGAACAUUGGUGAUUCAUGCUGAUAUUGAUGAUCUGGGAAAAGGCGGUCAUGAACUCAGCAAAUCGACUGGUAAUGCUGGUGCUCGACUUGCUUGUGGAGUAAUUGGUAUCACAAAAGCUUAAAGUAGUUGUAAGAGAAGUGUGUGGAGAAGUUUUUGUUUGUUGGAGUGCUGUACAGCCUACCAAAGGAAGGCAAUAUAUUAAUUAGCUCAACCUGCUGUGAAUCAAUGAAAAUACAUUGAUGUGGCUAAGUAACCCAUUCCAAUACAAAAUAUAAAAAAACUUGUUCUUUCUGUGACAAAUAUAAUUAAGUGAUUCAUUUAUAGUUGUAGUUUUAUUGCCUUUUUUUUCACCCAUCUCCAUUAUGAAACGUAUCUUUCAGAUCUAAGAGAUUCAAAUGUUAAAUGAUGAAACCAUUGUAAAACAGUCCAUAAAUUGUUCAGGAAGCAAUGUUUACCUGUGCUAUAUAUAAUUCAUAAAUGUAGAUGUAUUUUACUGCACAGGUUUUAUUCCUAGCAUAUUUAAGUGGAAUAACCAGCAAUAAACUGGUUGUUAUAAUAAAUGGACCAAAUUGUGGUGCGAAAUCUAGAUUUUCAUUUUAUUGUUUAAAGUUAACUGUGUUUUCAGAAAAUUUAAUUCAUGUUAAAACAGCCAUUUCUUUGUUAAAACUAGUAAAUUUAAUUUAUUUUUCAAGUGUAUUAGAUUAUGCCUAAAGAGUAUCAUUUGGAUUGAAUGGUGUGAACAAAUGAUUUGAGAGCAAACCUGUAUCCUUUUCAUUAAUUAUGACUGUAAAUGUUUAUUUCAAAAGCAUUGAGUAAAAGAUGAGUAACAGUAACCCACUUUACGAAAAGUAAAUAGAGUUACUAAUUCACACACAUCGAGCAAUAAUGUUUCGG